AUGGCACCAUCUACUCAUACGAAUUUGAUGCGCGAUUUACUACGAGCGGUACAAGAGUUGAGCAGGAAAAAUCAAGCACCUCCACCACAAAAUGCACCGCCACAGCAGAAUGCACCGCAUUUUGCCCCUGGAGCUGUCUCAGUGGUUGAGCAGUUUCGUAGGUACAAGCCUUCCACUUUCGACGGUAAUUCUGAAUCACUGGUUGUCGAAGAGUGGAUAAGAGGCCUGGAGCGCAUAUUUCGACACAUUGCUUGUACAGAUGCACAGAAAGUAUUAUGUGUAGAAUUUAUGUUGAUUGGAGCAGCUGGUCACUGGUGGGAAUCUGUUUCACGUACAAGGACGGAAGAGCAGCAACAUAAUCUGACUUGGGAGCAGUUUAAAGAUGAAGUGAUGGCAAAAUAUUUCCCACAGGCCUUGAGAGAUUUCAAGGAAUCAGAAUUUUUGCAGCUCAGACAAGGGAGUAUGUCACUUACUGAUUAUGAAAGACAGUUUGAGCAGCUCUCAAGGUAUGCCCCGCACUUGGUGGAUACAGAAGUUAAGAAGAUUAGGAGGUUCGAGAAUGGACUGCGCCCUGAGAUCGGCAUGAUCAUUAUGUCCCAUCGUUUCACCUCAUAUCGUAAAAUGCUGGAGAGGGCUCAUGCUAUUUCAUAUCAGAGGACCUCAUUUGAACAGGGUGAAUGCUUACUCGGGAAGAACAUGUGUUUUCGAUGUGGUAAGCCAGGGCACAUUGCUCUCAACUGUACAGAGCCACCAAAAAGGAAGGAUGAUGAUCAGGACAAGAACAAGAAAGGAAAGGCCCGAGUUUUCGCACUAAAUCAGCAUGAGGCGGAGCAGGAUCCGAAUGUGAUAUCAGGUAUUCUAUUAUUAUCUGAUGUACCCGCUUACGUACUUUUUGAUUCUGGGGCUACCAAUUCUUUUAUCUCUACAUCCUUCGUCGCUAGGUCAAACCUUGCAUGUGUGAAAACGAAUUAUGAAUUAGAGCUUAGCAUCCCUUCAGGAAGAACUCUUUGUACAAAUCUGAUGACUAAGGCUAUGAAGUUAGAGAUUGAUGGGAAAAUAUUACAAGCAGACUUAUACCUUUUGGAGAUGAAAGAUUUCGAUGUUAUUUUGGGCAUGGAUUGCUAUGCAAGCAGAAGAGAUGUUAAGGAAGGAGUCAUGCCAGGGAUUCUUAGUUAA